AUUUCCCUUUCAUUUUAUUCAAAACCAAAAGAGGAAGUAAAAAUAGAAAAAUUCCAUCUACCUGGUCAAAAGGAAAGUAACCGUUUUUCUUGUACUACAGUAUUAAAUACAGCAUUCAAAAAUGUUUCAAGAACCUGACUACAGCGAAAACCUAUCACUGAUGUUAUCAGAGGCUUUACACGACAUUGGUGUCAAUGAAAAUAUAGUGAUGAGAAGGAGAAGACAUUUCAUGCUGAGAGAGACUAUGGGUAAUAUCACGUCCAGAUUAACCGAUCAAAAGGAAACUAACUAUUUUCUAGGGAGUCAGAGUGAAGGAACAACUACUAAAGGACUUGAUUCAGACACGGAUGUGCUAAACUGUCGGCAUAAUUACAAUAUAAUACAAGACUGGUCAGAGUGGGAACACGGCAAGUUUAACUACCUCAUGAUACAGGAUGAGAACACUACCCCCGGCUAUUGUUUCUUGCAACUGCUCAAAGAUGAUGAACCUCUGCCUGCCACUGUCAAUCAUAAUGUACACCAUUUUACUGAUAGAAGAGGAAGAAUAUUGUAUAAAAACACAAUGAUUAAUAAUUUUCUUGUGGGUGCAGUUCAGCAUGGACCAUCUAUUGCUCAACAAGGACAACCUGGAUUAUGUGAUUUAGAUAGAGUAUUUGCUUUUCCAUGUAAAUCAUGGCCUCAAUCAGCAUCAGGUUUGUCAGAGAGACAAGGAAUUGGCAGAUGGCCAACACAAAAGAUGAUAAGAUAUGCAGCUAGUACUGAUUGUUUUGUUGUUCCAACAGGAAGUAAGGUCAGUGAAUAUCCUGAACUGGAAUGGAGAAUAUCUUCAAUAUUGGCAGAGAGAUGUCUAAUGAAUAAUCUAAAUAUAACACAAAUAAGGUGCUAUGUGUUACUGAAAAUGAUUCUUAAGUCCUUCCUUAAUUCUCAAGAUGAGGUCAAUGUAUCAAGUUUUAUGUGUAAAACAGUCCUAUUACAUUGUAUAAAAAAGAGAGAACCAAGUAUAUGGAAAGAUUACAAUUUAUUGACAUGUUUAACAUUCUGCUUAUUGGAAUUACACAGCUGCAUACAGAAUGAUAGUUGUUCACAUUUCAUUAUACCUGAAAAUAAUUUGAUGGCAGGGCAAUUUACAGUGACAGAGACAAAAAAUGAACUUUUAAAAAAUAUUUGUGAACUUAUACAGAAUGAUAGACAACAGUUACUUAGUAUUGAUAUUGAUGAUCUCGGCCAUAGACUUCAAGUUAAACUGUACAGGGUACCACAUGGAGCAUACUAUUUUCCUUCUUCUUUUGAAAUAUAUGAAGAAGUUUUCACUUGGGUAUAUAUAGAUAUUGCAACCAUAAUAAGUGUAGAGCACAUGCUUAUUUUAAAACAUUUACACAACGAAAACAUUAGAACAAUGAAGCAUCAUAUAGUUAAAUUGAUGAACUUCAGUGAUAAUGGUAAUAGAUUAGAACAUAUUGCAUUCAAGUUUCUUGCACCAUUUCUUUUUACAACAUAUGGAUCUAUCCUAGCAUCAUCAAGCAUUGCUGAAAAUAAUCAAGUGUCACAUCAAGAACUGAUCUGCCUAUCAGCUGGUUUAAACUCAGAUAUUGCAUCAAGCAAACUUAAAUUGGCUUCAGUGUUCUACAGUACAGGAGAUAUGGAGAAAGCUGAACUAAUUCUGAGAAACACUGAGCAACAAUAUAUCUCUCUUCCUGUUUUACCUCUCUGUAGAUGCUGGAUAAAGGUUAAACCUUCUGUAACAGCAGAAUUUAUGAGAGUAUGUAGUGAACAAAAUGAGGACUGUAUCAAACAUAUUACAGCAAUGUGUGUCAGAUUCAUACAAAAAGAGAUCAACUGUGUUCCUCAUGAACUACAAUAUGAAAUGUUCAGAUCUACACAAGGUGACAUGAUACACAGACUUGAGUAUAAAGACUGUUGGAUGGACUGGGCUGUAGUUGAUUCUCUACCUUUCCUGUACUUCCUACAAUACAAGAUCUACAGUCAUCUACAAAGGCAUCAAGCUCAACAACAAGCGCUUAGUAAACUUAUAAGAACCAUAGAAACUGAUAAAAAUCUUAAACAUAGAGAAACAGCUCUCAACAUUUUAGGACAAUGUAUGGAACAAGAAAACAGACCACAAAAAGCAUUUAACUGCUACCUGCUUUCUCUGCAACAAAGGGCAAGAAACAAUGCAGCAUAUAUCCAUAUAUGUAAGCUCCUUUCUGGCUUAGUGGUUAACCAAUAAAAUGAAGACAAAAUUAGGCAGUAUAUUUAUGGCUUGUUUACAAUGAUCGUAUACUGUUUGUGUGUAUCAAACUGAUUCAAAUGUCAAAAAAAGACCUGUCAUCAUUUAUUUUUAUAACAAUAUUAUUUUGGAAUGCCAUUAAUCUUAAAUUGAAAGAAUUAAUCCAACUUUAAUGACUUUGAUUAUCUAAUUUUACAUUUAGACAUUAAAAAUUUAAGCACCACAUUGCUCAUGAAAACAUAUUUUAAAUUUUUGUUAAGUUUUUCGUUACAUUAAUAAAAACGUCUAUUUCAUUUGUGGAGAGUCAGUAAAAAUACAAAACUUGGUGUCUGGGAUUUAAAUUAAAUUAAAUUGUUCUACAUGUAUGUGUGACAUUUUUUUUAAACUGGCAUGAACAUGCCUUGGCCAUUGUAAUAUUGCAGCACAUCAGCACGACUUAGAAGUAGGGAUGCAAUUUAAUUUUAGCGAGAAUAGUUUUUACUUCUAAUACAGCCUGAUCUUGCACUAUAAUGAAAAUUUUAAUAAUUAAUGAAUUUUUAACAUCCAAUGUAUCACGUUACUUGUGCUGUUUAUCAUUAUUUUGUCAAACUGUAAAAAUUGGCGAUGACAAAGUUCAGUCUGAGCACAAAUGAGCUAAAAGGAGGGCAUGUUUUAUGCCAUAUGGCGUCAAUAGCACGCAGAGCUGCAUUACUGGUACUGGUACAACAGUACUUACUGCAGCGAUUUUGCAAGUACUGGUACUGAUACUGAAUUACUAUCACAAAAUUUUGCUACUACUGGUACUGCUACUGCAUUACUAAGCAGUACUUUUGGUUUUGAUAAAAAAAAGCUUCAAUUUUUCUCAUAAAAUAAAGGUGUCAAUUACAUUAUUUUUUUUUUUUGUGAAAAAGUAAGUUAUAAAAUCUAUAGAUAAUUGCUGCAAUAUUCCAUCAAAUGUUAACAUAGUAUUUAUCAUAAAAAACACCAAAGACUUUAAGUAAAAAUUAAAUUGAGAUACACAGACUCAAUAACUCUUUAUCCUAAAAUAUCCUUAUUAAAAUAUUUUAUUACUAAAAAUGUAUUUACUAGUAAAAGAGCAAAAUAAUAACUAGUUAAUUGCUUCUAUUCUAAAUAAUCCUAUUUCAAGUGAUAUUGUUAGCACCAUAAAAAGUUGUUAUUUACUUUGGUAUAAAUUGAACAGAGGUGUGAAAGGCAACAAAAGACUGUUGUGUUUUAAAUAAAGAUAAUUGCAUUGUAUUACAGUUGACUGGUUACUUAACAAUAAGAUAUGACAUGAAUAUAUGUUGUAAAUAUUGUUUGUAAAAAGUAUGUUAAAACAAUAAAGUUGUAAAAAUGU